GGCUUGUAUAGUCUGCUGAUAAUGGAGCUAAUGGCUGUUUGUCAUCCUUGGAGAUAUAAAUUUCCCUGGCAAUGUCUGAAGCAGUCAGUGCAUAUACUAACUGCCAGCAAGGUCUAAUAAUCAGAGAAGGGCAGGUUGCUUCGUAAGAAAGAAAGAAAGAAAGAAAGAAAGAAAGAAAGAAAGAAAGAAAAGCAUUAGCUGUUUUUCUGGCUUUGUGCAGAACGGUGAGAUGGAUACCACUGGCAUUUCACUGCCCCUGUUCCACAUCAUUUGCUGCUGCUGGCGGAGCGGACGGGAAAACACACAUGACAACAUCACAAAAUUCACAGUUGAUGGGAUAGACAAGGCAUCCAUUGCAAAUUCAGAUGGGCCAACCCCAGGAUCCCGGACUCCUCCUUUCAAGAGGAAGGGCAGACUUUCCACCAUUGGCAAAAUCUUCAAACCAUGGAAAUGGCGGAAGAAGAAGACAAGUGAAAAAUUUAAAGAAACAUCAGCAGUGCUGGAAAGAAAGAUAUCGACAAGGCAGAGCAGAGAGGAGCUGAUAAGAAGGGGUGUCCUGAAGGAAAUAACUGAGCAAGGUGGAGACAUAACUGUCAAUUAUGAAAUCUCAAAUGGCCACACAAUAGUAAUUGGUGAAGAAGCCAUACAGGAAGAAAACAACAUAAAGACCACAGAGGACAAUAGUUCAAUAUCUGCAAAAGCACCAGUUCUAGCUCCAGAAGAGAAAAAAGAGGGUAAAAAAGAGAAACCUCUUCCUAAAGGUCCUGAAACAUCAGCACCCCGUGCUCCUUCAUCAUCACUUCCUAAAUCUAAGCCUAAAGCUAAAAAAGCAACCAUACCUCCAAAAAACGCUACUGCUGCUACCACUAGCCAUAAGACCAAUGAAGUGCCACAUGCUAAAAAAAAGGGCAAGGCUCCUGCUAAGCAGGGCUCUGCCACACCUUCCAAGCCAACAAGCCGCAGUGUGAAUCGAGAAGCUGCUAGUUCCUCUCAUGUAAAAAAAGUGCAAGGUUCCAAGUCAACAUCUUCAUCAUCUCCUUCAUCCUCAUCAUCUCGCCCUAAAACCUCUAAGGAGCCAACAUUAAGCAAGACGGGUACAGGAACACCAAGAGACAAGAAAAGGGCUGGGAAACAGGUGACUGUGCGAACGCGUGCAAAUGGGGAUGUUUCUUCUGCCUCAAACACAGCAGCAGACAAUUCUGAAAUGAAGGCACAGAACUCUAAGCCAGAACAGCCUCUCCACAUUAUUCCUGAAGCUGAAGACAGAACUCAACAGAACACAGUUAAUGUUCCUCCCCCUCCUCCUGCUGUUCCAGCUCCUCUUCCUCCAACCAUACCAUCCCUGUCUCCAGGCUCUCAGCCCACUGGUUUCUCAGACACACAAGAUGUGCCCGUUAGCAUUGAAAUAGGCCCGUCUGUCCCUGGCAUGGUUUCUAAUGAUUUUGUUCAUACCGAAACUGAAGCAGACAGUGAAACCCCCUUGAGCAGUACUGUGUUAGACAAUAGCCUCGAUAUUGGGGAUGAAAACACAGAAUGUUCUGUUAUCCAAGAAGACCAGGAAAAAGAGAGUUCUGACCUAGCAAGUCCUGCCUUAACUGAUGAACUUUCUGAAACCUCAAACACUCCAGAAAGUGAAAGCAGCAGAGAGAAUCACACCAGUGACUCGGAUUCAGAUGGGCCAAUACUCUACACUGAUGAUGAUGAUGAUGAUGACGACGAUGCAAGUAAUGAAAGCUCUUUAGCAAGCAAAAUACGUCGCAGAGAUACUCUUGCAAUCAAACUUGGCAACAGACCAUCGAAAAAAGAACUGGAAGACAAAAACAUCUUGCCGAGAACAUCUGAAGAGGAGAGGCAGGAAAUCAGACAUCAGAUUGGCACAAAGCUAGUGAGGAGGCUUAGCCAGAGGCCUACCUCUGAAGAGCUGGAACAGAGAAACAUCCUGAGGCAGAAGAAUGAAGAAGAGGAACAAGAAGCUAAAAGAGAACUAAAGCGCAGUCUUAGCAGAAAGCUCAGUCUGAGACCCACAGUGGCUGAGUUGCAGGCACGGAGAAUCCUGCGUUUUAAUGAGUAUGUGGAAGUAUCAGAUUCUCCAGAUUAUGACCGCCGUGCUGACAAACCCUGGGCAAGGUUAACACCCGCAGACAAGGCGGCAAUACGGAAAGAAUUAAAUGAAUUUAAAAGCACAGAAAUGGAAGUACAUGAAGAAAGUCGGCAGUUUACAAGGUUUCAUCGUCCAUAAUUGUUUGAAAAUAUCCUGUAGUCCAGACACGAACUUCCUUCCCUGGAAAAGCACAGCAUCCCAAAGACCUGAAAGAGCAUUUGGAACUGGAAUGUCUGCAGCCAUUUACUUGGAAAUCACUGAAGAAUGUGGCCCUCGCAGUUAACAAAAGAGAUGACUAGAGAGAAAUCCCAGGAGAUAUGUGGAAGUGGCCACAUAAGAAAAGAGAGAAAAUGGUGUUGAGGCAAUCUUAUUCAAAGUAAUUCAUAUUGUGUUUUUCUCAUUAGCGCUUGGCCUGAAAGGAAGAGCUGAAAAUAAUUGUUGCCAGGAAGAAAUAAGCAUCCACUUUGUAGGGUGGGAACAAACAAAGCUGAGUCUUUACCUUUCUAUCCAUGGAGUAAUAUUGGAUCAAAAUUAUUACUCAUCGAAAUAGUUUAAUGCUACAUUUGGAUACUGGAUAACUUCUUUAAAGUACACAUUCGGAAACUGAGAAAUUCCAUGUGUGCUGUUCCAGAGUCCUCAGCUUUUUGUAGCUAGAUAGAUAGCCGCAAUACCCUCUCUUCAAAAAUGGCUCUUACAGUAACUUAGUGUAGUGCCAAUGACUUUGCCAGUAAUUAGUCCAAUCAUGAUUCAUAGGCAUUUUUACAAAUUGUGACUUUCAAGAUCCUAUGAAGAAGUACAUCGAUGCAGCAGCAGAAUUGGGCACAAUUGGAUUCAUGUAAGCUCUGGAGGUAACAGUAGAAGUUUUGAACACAUAACUAUGUGCAGGAUUGUAACACAUAUAUACAUUUGUAAAAAAUUUUGGUAAAGGAAAGCCAUCAGUUCUCCAUAAUUAUGUAUACAUUUGGGGGGGGAAAUGUGUUGUGGAAAAACCAUUUGUGAGACUAAGAAUUCAAUGAAAAGAUGCCAGCUUUAAAAAAAUCUGCUUUUAAAGUCGUGGCCAGAGUGAUACUAACUAUGCUUAGGCAGACAGUAUUGACAAUCAAAUGUUGAUGCCAAAAUUGGAAAUGAAAGUGAACAAAACAGUUUAACAAGUAGUUCAGAACUGUAACUAAUUAUAUGUGCUUGUUGUAGCAUGAGCUACACUGAAGGAACCUUUGAAUCAGGGUAGACAACAUAAGGUUUAGACACUGUAUCUGGCCUGCCAAGACUUUUCCUCCAGCCCACACAGCUCCAUGCUGCUGCCAUGUACCAAGACACCUAGUGGAUGGUCAUUCCAGGGCAGAAAAGGGAUGGGGAGGAAGAGGUGGUGUGUGUGAGGUUUUUUUAAAAGAGCAAAAACAUUGACAGGUCAUGCAGAGUCUGCGGCCAUUACAUUGCCUAUCUCUUUGGAACUCUCUGUAGAGAUAACUAUCAUGGGCAAGAGCCUUUCCUAUAUUGGGCCCUACUUAUGAAUGUGGAGGGAUCCUCAUAUAACAUGAUAGAACCCUGUUUCCUUCCCACUCGCAUGUGUAAAGGUAGAGCAAACUGGGGAAUGGGAGGCCGAAUCCUCGUCUAGCUCACAACUCUACUUGGCCAAGUGGAGGAGGGUAUGCUGGACAGUGAUGGGUAAUAUGUACAGAUCUGUUCCCCAAAACAGCCUGGUGCACAUGUAUCAAGGGGUGGUGGUGAUGGUACAGAGUUCUGUUGUAUCCUAUGGAGAUAACCCAACAUGUGAGCUUUGCACCUGCACGGGAAAGGAUUAUGCUUUAUGUAUAUCAAAAGUCCUUGGAAUCUAUAGCCUGUAUUUAUGUGGGUAUAAUGCGGAGCAAAUUGUCUACUUUUAUACAAUCUUGUAACUGUGUUUGUGAAUACAUUAUAAGUUUAAAUAGGAUGAAGUGAUGUGAAAGGCAGUAUGUGCUUUUAUUACGUUGGCCCUAAUUAUGGUGGCUUAUUAUAAGCCUAUGACAUUGUUUACACUAAAUUUGUCUUAUAUUAGCACUUAUUUAUCCUUUUAAUGUACACAGUUUAACUUCUGGGCCUGAAUACACAAGGGCAUGUAUUGCAGUAUUUUUCCAUAUAUGCGCUAUUUAUCCUUUUCCAUGUAUAUACAUACAACAAUUUAUUUUUGUCCAUGUGCCCUGUUUAGUUCUUAAUUAUUAUAAAAGAUAUGUAUUUUUUUCAGACAAUAAAUGGUCUCUGUGGUGAUUACUCAG